AUGGCCGUCCCACCCGUGUCGCGCGCUCGCGUGUUGGAUUUGAUGAAGGUCCAAUGCAAGGUCUUCUCCACAACCUUCAACCCGGAGCGCCUCCGUGUCGGCAGCCGCAUCCUCCACCAGCGUCUCAAAGGUCACUCAGUCGCAUCCUACUACCCGCCGCGGAUAGGUGCAAUCUCUCAAUUGCGGAAGUUGUACCCGAAUUUCAAUAUUUUGGAUGAGCAGGAGGAAGAUUGGUUGGAGCAUUUGAAUGUUGCGCGAUCUAGGGGCAAGGCGCCGCCGAAGAAGAAGAGAACUGCUGCUGAAUCGAAGAAGUUCACUAAGAGGAGGUAG